AGUUCAAUGGCAGCUGUUGGUGAGAGAACGGCUUCCAUAUCAUCUCAUACCCAAAACAAGGUAACUAGGGCAAAGGUGACGUUGGAAAACUACUACCAGAAUCUAGUCACUCAACACCAUGAAAGAGAAAGCAGACAAAAGAAACUGGAAGAUAAAAUGGAAGAAGAAGGCCUUAGUGAAGAGGAAAAACGACUUCGUCGGGAGAGUCAUGCUCUAAAAGAAACCGAAUUUUUAAGACUGAAAAGAUCACGACUAGGAGUUGACGAUUUCGAUUCGCUAAAAAUUAUUGGCCGAGGCGCGUUCGGUGAGGUGCGGUUGGUGCAAAAGAAAGAUACGGGUCACGUGUACGCCAUGAAAAUUCUUCGAAAGAAAGAUAUGUUGGAGAAAGAGCAAAUUGCUCAUGUUCGAGCUGAAAGGGAUGUUUUAGUUGAAUCAGACAACGAUUGGGUUGUAAAAAUGUUUUACUCCUUUCAAGAUGCCAUGAAUUUAUAUUUGAUUAUGGAAUUUUUACCUGGAGGUGACAUGAUGACUUUAUUGAUGAAAAAAGACACGUUGACCGAGGACCAAACGCAAUUUUACAUAGCUGAAACAAUUUUAGCUAUAGAAUCUAUUCAUAAAUUAAGUUUUAUCCAUCGCGAUAUUAAACCUGAUAAUCUUUUAUUAGACGCAAAGGGCCAUAUAAAACUAUCUGAUUUUGGAUUGUGUACUGGCUUAAAAAAAUCUCAUAGAACCGAGUUUUACAAAGACUUAUCUCAAGCAAAGCCAAGCGACUUCUCUUCCAAUCCGACUGACUCUAAACGUCGUGCUGAGAGUUGGAAACGCAACAGACGCGCGUUAGCCUAUUCAACUGUAGGGACGCCUGAUUAUAUUGCGCCCGAAGUGUUUAUGCAAGAAGGAUACACCGCCUCCUGCGAUUGGUGGUCGUUAGGUGUAAUCAUGUACGAAAUGCUGGAAGGCUAUCCACCAUUUUGUUCUGAGAAUCCUCAAGACACUUACAGGAAAGUGAUGAACUGGAGAGAAACCUUAAUUUUUCCCCCAGAAAUGCCAAUUUCAUCUGCUGCUAAGCAGCUAAUACAACAGUUUUGUUGUGAUCCGAAAGAUCGAAUUGGUAGAAACGGCGUUCAGGAAAUAAAGAACCAUGUCUUUUUUAAGGGUGUUGACUGGGAGCACAUCAGAGAACGCCCUGCAGCCAUACAUAUAGAUGUUAAAAGUAUCGACGACACGUCCAAUUUUGAUGAAUUUUCGGACGAAGAUCUCAAAAUUUCCUUGUCAGCCAAGGAUAAAUCAGUAAAUGAGUCGACGGCAACCAAGGACUGGGUGUUUGUCAACUACACAUACGCUCGCUUCGAACGUCUCACUCAGAGAGGGCACAUUAGACCUAAUUCUUUUCGGCCACAAGCCCCUCAAUGA